UUAGCUGACUUUGGCUUGUCCAACCGCUACACGAGAGGCCAGUGUCUGGACACGUUCUGCGGGAGCCCACUGUAUGCAUCUCCAGAGAUUAUCAAUGGACUUCCUUACCACGGACCUGAGGUGGACUGCUGGUCUCUGGGUGUGCUGUUAUAUGCUCUGGUUUAUGGCUCCAUGCCUUUCGAUAGCACAACUUACAGCGUCCUUAAAGAGCAGAUCCGCCACGGACGAUAUAAAACCCCUGAUGUCCUGUCAGAGGCCCGUUCAUUGAUCGGAUGGAUGCUCACAGUGAAAACAGAAGACAGAGCCACUGUGGAAGACAUCGCUAACCACUGGUGGCUAAACCUAAACUGUCCCAAAGCUAAAGAGAUUAAACCGUGCGCCUCCACUCUACCCAGAAAGAAACAUAAGGAAAGAACAUUGACCUCAAACAGCAGCUUCGUUCUGCUGUCGCCUCUUGAAUCGUCUUCCCACAACCAGCCCACGAAGGGCAUCCUGAAGAAUCUCUACAGUCAGCUUGAGUACACAGACAGGUCUGGGGCUGCUGGAAACAGUACGGCAGCGACUAGCGAGGACGUGGAAAGAAUCGGGACAGAUAACGGGAGGAAGAGGAAGGGCAUUCUUAAAUGUAACGGCAAGUUCUCCGGGGUUUCUCCAAUCACGUCGGCUCCUACGUGGUCACAUGGUUUCAGCAAAACUAGCCAGGAGUGUGAUGGAGGUGAGCAGCAGGAGAUGGAGUUUGAAAUCAAGAUCUCCCUGUGGAAAACACACCAGUCUACAGGCCUACACUUUCCACAGAAUAACUAUUUUGAUAAUGUACAAUGAUUGUAAAUGCAUUGAAUUUAAUAACAAAGA